GAUCACGCGGUCGACGGCUGAUAACACAACCGCGAUUGGAUGGUCCCGGCGAGCCCCUCGGCCGGAUUGGCCGCGAUGAAACGCGCCGCAUGAUCACACACACAACGAGAACAGCGUCGAGCUCAAUCGACCUGAGAAAGCUUCAUUGCGCUACCAGACGUUCGACGGUUUACGUCUCUUUACGUCUUUUUUCGCAUUUGGAAUACCGCGCGAGACGGAGCCGCGUCUUGUUUCCACGACCAAGCCUCUUUAAACGUAGUACCACGUAACCGCGUUCCUUUUCAUCGAAAAAAAUGGAUGCGAAUCAGACGCUUCUUUCGCCGCCGGCCUCACCCCAAUUCAAACACAACGAACCGCUUCAAUCCUCCUUCAGCGUCGCAGCACUUUUGGGAGAUAAACUUUCGUUGAAGACGAAGUCUGCUGAGAUAAACACAAAGAAAGACGACGAUGGAAAUGCGAGACCUGGCUUGCCACCGACGCCGCAACCUUCCGACUCGGAGGAGGAUGAACCGCUCCGAAAAAGGCGUUGCGUGGAACAAUGCGAAUUGGCGAAGUUACUUUUGGACGGCACACCACCCCCCAGUCCGGAACCCGCCCGUCCAUCCGUGAUAAUGCGUGCUUAUCGGGAUGGUACCUACAGCCCUGCCAACUUGAUACCAAAGACCGUUACAACAUGCUCACAGCCGGUUUCACAUGACCAGCAAAUCGCCUCCAGCCCGCAGUCUGAGGCCAGCACGCGGCGGUUCGGGCCGGAGCCGGAAAACGUGCUCAAGAGUUUGAAGUUUAAAAUGAGUCUGCGGAAAGAAGAGAUUAUCGUGAACAACAAGAACACCGACCGCGAGACCGUACACCCGAAAUUACAUCCUCUAGCACCGAAACCUGCCCCGAUCAUGGUAACUGGACUCCUAGGCUCCUCGUUGGUACUUCCACGAGCACCGCUUCUUUUGGUAACCGCGCCGACGACCGCGACGACUUUGAACACAACUGUAUCAGAAUCAGCCGCGCGGCGUCGCGUCUACGAGUGUGAGCAUCCUGGCUGCGGGAAGAAUUAUUUCAAAUCGUCCCAUUUGAAAGCUCACACGCGAACUCACACCGGCGAACGACCAUUCUCGUGUCCCUAUGAAGACUGCAACAGACGUUUCUCGAGGAGCGACGAGCUCUCGCGGCAUAAGCGGACGCACACCGGCGAGAAGAAGUUCGCUUGCACGGUCUGCCAAAGAAGAUUCAUGAGGAGCGAUCAUCUGGCGAAACACGUGAAACGACAUACCAAGGAUAGAUCGUCGUCCGCCGCAGCUACCGGUGGUCAAACUUCCGUUGGACAAGUGACGCCCGCACCUUUGAGGGUAAGCCUACUUCCGGUUAUAGCGCCGCGAUUGACCCAGCCGACGCAGCAGAUUAUUCCACCGCAGUUAGCUGCUUAAAGAGAAAGUGACGUCGCACGUUAUGUUCGAAUUCUAUGAUUGAAACUGGAUCUAACGAUUUUUCGACGGCGAUAGAACCGUCGAACCGGAUCCCUUCUGUAAGAGUUCAAAGAUAACGCAGAAGAUUUUGCGCGGGCGAACGUACGCUCCUUAAUUGCCUUAUCAAAUGUGCGUCGAGUUUAGUGUGAGACAAGUUAACAAAAACGCGUACUUAAAAGGAGAGGACUCGAAGGCACGAGGAGCGGUGAUUGAAGUCAUAUAAAACGAGGCUUUUCUGCCGUCCGUGAACCAAGUACCUAAGUGUGUCUGUGAUCUGUGAUGCAUAAGCACGUUGACCGAGAAAGAGUAUUUAUUUAAAGAUGCAAAGACAGUUUUUAUCUGACUAUAUACAUAACGGCUAUGCAAAAAUGCUAGAAUUAUUCUGUUUUCAUUAUCGUAAACUAGUUAUAUAUGUUAAUUAUCCAUGUAUCUAUGUACAUAUGUAUAUACUAGCUCGUCCGGUUAUGCGUUUUACCUGAUGGAGUAAGACUUUAAAUAUUGUGUAUAGAGAUAAGUUUAAAGAUUUUUCUACAAAAGCAGAGAUUAAUUAAACGACUUGUAUACUUUCGUAAAA